AUGGAGCGGCGAGAGGGAGAUUCGCCGGUAUUCUGUGACACAGACGACCUACCACUUUGUGCCAACACCAGCCACGUGCUAGUUAAACACUAUGCUCUAGACCUGUCCGUUCAUUUUCACAGAAAGGUCAUUAGUGGUUGUGUGGUUCUGUUUCUGGAACCUACUGCUCGUGGAGAGCCCGAAGGACAUGAUGGAGAACAAACUACUUCGUUGACAAACAAUGAUGGGAUGGACAUGACAAUCAAGUCCACACCUAAAGGGCAUUUUACCUUAAUUCUUGAUUGCUGUGACAUCGCCGUGUCUAAGGUAGAACAGGUGAACGUCACUUUCUUGUCGGAUUCCUUUCAUGGGGUUCAGCCCCUUGACCUCAUCCACGCGUUGGUCUCCAUGCCUUCGGCUCAGUGGAGGCGGCAGCGUGAGCUUUUCACGGCUUGUAGCCGUGCCCCUGGUGUUGAGCAGGAUGGAGAACCGCUACGUUUUCACACUGACCGCUGGAGUCUGCAGGUGUGGAAGCAAGGGGUCUCCUCCCCGCAGGACUUCCCCAGAGCACUCAGGAUCUACUAUGAGACGAGGCCCACUGGGGGUUCUGUCAGGUGGACCAAAGACCAGGACAACAGGGCGUGCGUGUACACCGCCGGCUCACCCAUCAACAACCGAGCCCUCUUCCCCUGCCAGGAGCCGCCUGUUGCCAUGUCAACAUGGCAGGCCACAGUGCGGGCCCCCUGCGACUUUGUGGUCUUGAUGAGUGGGGAAGAACAGGUUGAGCCUAUUCUAGAUGUGGACGCGAAUUUGUUGAUGUGGAAUUACUAUGUCACAAUGCCUAUGCCUGCCUCCACCUUCACCUUGGCAGUGGGCCAUUGGCAACAAGUCGCUACUGAACCUCUACCCUCCUGUGGAAAAACGCAGUGGGAAAGGUGGGAUGAGUUUGGGGAGUCUGUCCCCAUCGCCUCUCACCAAGGCACAAGCAGUGAAGUAGUAAAAGCCUCCAGUCUCCACAUUGGCAGGGAAGAGCAGCCUGCCUGCCCAGGCUCGUCCUCUCAGCACGAGCGCGUCUCUGUGCCCGACUGUGCAGCCAUAUUGGAUGACAGCUUCCCUUGUUCCCAUGGCGACUACCCAUGCCGGUUCGCCGAACGCGCCGUGAAGUCCCAGCGUGUGAUCCAGCACCGUGUGUUUGCCCCCAUUGGCUUGCUGCAAAAGGCGCAGAUGGGAAUCCUCACCCUGUUGCCGCAAUGUCUAGCUGCAGCCUAUGCGAUCCUGGGAGUUCAUCCCUUCCCCCGCCUUGAUGUUCUCAUUGUACCAGCUGGGUUUUCCAGUCUGGGUAUGGCCAGCCCCCACAUCAUUUUCCUGUCUCAGAGUGUGCUGCAUGUUGGCAGCUCAUUUUCGAAAGAAAACAGCCUGUCCUUGUGUGGGUCCAGGCUGUGCCAUGAAAUUGCCCAUGCCUGGUUUGGCCUGGUCAUAGGGGCCAGAGACUGGACAGAGGAAUGGAUUAGUGAGGGUUUCGCCACCUACCUGGAGGAUAUUAUCUGGGCCCAAGCACAGCAACUCUCUCCACCAGAAGCAGCAGAACAAUCCAACUUGAAAGCACUGCUGAGAUGGAGAAGAUUGUCUGAUGAGUUGCAGAAUUCAGGAGAGGAGCUUCAAAUCUUGAGACCUAACAUGGAGAAAACGGGCCAUGUCAGUGAGUCCGGCUCAUCCACAGUAAAACAUGCCCUUAACCCAGACAAAUCCUUCCUACAAGUCCAUUACCUCAAGGGCUACUUCCUCCUCAGAUUCUUGGCCAGCGAAGUUGGAGAGCAGCAAUUCAUUAACUUCUUCAGAUUAUUUGUGAAGAAAUACCACGGUCAACUCAUCCUAUCUCAGGACUUCCUGCAAAUGUUGCUUUCCACCUUUCCUGACCUUGCGAGAAAAGGCGUAACGCUCGAUGCUAUUUAUGCCGACUGGUUGGAUCGACCGGGAAUUCCCAAGUGGCUAGACGAAAGAAGCGCUGUGUGGUCCGAGGCGACUCUGGUGGAGGAAGUCAAGGCGGAGGUUGCAAAAUGGAUUCUCCUCAGUCAUCAGGGGAAGGGCAGAAAGCGGAAGCGAUUGCAGCCCAAGGUGAACUGCAAAGAGAUAACCUCAGAGCAACUCAUCCUGCUUUUGGAGCUCCUCUUAGACGAAACCAAGCUGAGCGCAUCUACCAUGCAUGCUCUGGCUCAUACCUAUGACUUGCACAGCCAAGACGCUGAGGUGAGACAUCGCUGGUGCGAGCUGGUGGUCAAACACAGACACGCUCCCGCGUAUGGUGACGUGGAGCGCUUCCUAAUUCACGACCAGGCAAUGGGUGUUUAUCUAUACGGUGAGCUGAUGGUCCAGGAGGAUGCAGAGCAGCAAGCUCUUGCUCGUCGCUGCCUUUCCUUGGCCAGCGAGGAAAUGGACCGAUCGGCACGCAAAGUGGUGGAAGAGAUGGUUCUAUGA